CUCUUUGAUUUUGGCCUUAAACCAAAGGGAGCCGGCCCAGCUCUUCACCAUUUUCUCGUACCUUUCGGUCUCCUUUAUUCUUCUCCAGUUAUGGCUGAUCUUUCUUGCUGAAACCUCUGAGCAGUAGAAGAUUUGGAUAAAAUUGGAAGCUUAGCUUCAACUUUGCUCUGGAAGGUGCAUGAAGUUUUAACUUAUUGUUGAAGAAUGAUGGGUUGGCGGUGCCUAAAUGUAGGCAAUUCAUAUCUUCGUUUAUCUUCUUUUAUAGUAAGUAAGAUAUACUCAACUACGACUCCCACCACAUACAUCAAUCAGCAAACAACAGAAUCCUUUGAUCUCCUACACACACUAUAUGUAAAUCAUGCUGGGUAUUCACAAAUUCUAUAGACAAGUUCACACAUUGUCUCGUGAAUAUGGCCCUAGCGAGACGUUGAAGAGGAAGGUUGCUGAAUUGAAGGUAAAGAGGAAACGAAAAGAUCCUCGGAAGAAUCAGUUAUUUGUUCAGGUUCCUGAUUCAAGAUCAUUCCUUGAUACUGCUACUAUGCCCAUGAUACUCACUGUUGUUGGGACUGCACUUUUCGCAAAGCUCCUCAUGAUGUAUGAUGACUCAAAGUCGCAAGAUAUGAUUGAGCGAAAAAUAAAGAAUGCGCCUGCUGGUCAAGGAACAGUUAGGAUGCUUACCCGCGAGGAAUGGGAAUCAGUUCAGGAAGUGCGACCAAGAACUCCGUUUGAAUCUAAACUGGCCCGUCCAAAUGCAAAGCUUAGGACAGGGGAGCCUUUGAAGAUGGAAGAUGUCAAGGAUUGGACAAUAGAUGUUAUAACUGACGCACUAACACGAGCUGAAGAAUGUGCUAAACGAGGAUCGAACUAAGCUUUUAAGUCGAUAACCUAGUUUAACAAUUGCUUCUUAUGUGCUCCUUCAACCUCAGCUGCAAAUUACAACAUACUAUCAAAAGUGGAGAAAUGCUGUUUUUCUCACUAUCCAGCAAUGUCCAAAUUUAUGCUUACCAGUAUUUACUGUGAAUUAAAGUGUGUAUAUAUACUUCAAUUCACAAAGAUAAUAUUUUCAUUGAAAUUAGAGGCUGUAUGGACUGAAUUUUUCAAUAAAAGAAGAGAAUUUUUAUGGUAAA